AUGAAGAGCUUUGCUGAUGUUGUUCAUAAAUUUGAUAAUAAUGAGGUGUUUACUUACCUCAUUGAUAUGAAUAGAGAAUUAACUAAAGAAGAGAAAAUAAAUGAAUCAGAUAAUCAAAUAUAUUUAAGUCAAUUGAUACAAUUAGUUGAUAAACAAAGAGAAUUAAAUCCUCCACAAACCUCCAAGAAGAAAAAAGCAGAACAAAAUGUCCCAAAUGAAGUAAAAACUCCAACAUCAUAUAAUGUUUUCAAAUUAGCCUCGAAAAAUCUCAUAAUUAUACUUCAAACAUUAUCGUCAAAAACUUACGAUAUAACUAAUCAAUUUUUAAAUGAUUUACAAUUGGAUGAUCAAAACGAGUUAAGUAUAGUAACCAAAACUUCAAUAAUCUUUUUAAUUGAUUUAUUUGAUCAUUUUCCUGGUCAAUUAGGGUCAUUGAUAAGUUUUAGUAUUUCCCAAAUUCACAAAAUAUUGAAAAAAGAUCCAAACGUUGGAAGUAAUUUAAUAUACUUACUAUAUUCAAUUUCUAAAAAUGCAACUAAAUUAGAUAUAGAUGAUAAAUUGAAUGCAAAAUUAAUAAAAAUUUGUACAAAAGUAAUUACACAAGACGUUAUAUCAUUUGAUUUAAAUGAUGAAAAAAGUACAUCCACCAUACUAUUAAAGAAGAAUUAUAUUUUAUGCCUCAAAAAUUUAUUUACAUUAAGUAUAUCAAGUCAUUAUGAAACUCUUUUGGAAGCUUCAGCAAGUUCAAAUCAAGCAGGAGCAAAAUUAAAACCAGAAGCUAUAAUGAAUCAACAACAUCAAUUUCAAAGCACCCUAUUAAAAACAAAUGAAAGAUUAUUCGACUAUUGUCUUUCUAAUAUUCUGAAAGAAGUAAGAGUAGCUACAACUGAUAUGAUUGCAAAUUUACUAAUAAAUUUUAUUCCCACUGGUGGCUUUAUCCCAAUAGAAUAUUUGAUUAAACUAUACCCUUUACCUGAUCCAAACUUUUGGGAUCUGAGUUUAAGAUAUAAACUUGAUGCUGAUAAUGAGCCAAUUAUUGAAAGUCGAAAGGAGAAUAACAAUUUACUUGGUCAUGAUAGUACAACAAUUUUAAAUUCUUCCUUAGAACUUAAUUUAGCUCAAUCAAGCGUGAUGUCCACAAUAAUCUUUUAUAUACAAAUGGAACAUUUUCAAAAUCCCGAAUUUUUAUCAUCAAAUUUAACUCACAUUUUAAGAUUGAUACUAUUGAAAUUUAGCGAGAUGGAUUGUAGUAUACCGGGUACAUUUCACGUGCAAGAUACUAAUUGGAAUAAAACAUUAAGCAAUUGGGGUACUUUAAUAGAUUAUUUAAUUUCAGAAACUGGUUCAGCAUCUAAUGAUUUAAUAAGUGAAUUUCUUUAUUCAAAAUUUGAUUUGGGACAAGAUCGAAAUCUGGAUGAUUUAAAAGACGAUUUUUCAGACCCGGGUUCAUUGAAUAGAGAAAAGAAGAAAGAAUCAAAAAUAUUUGGCUUCAAAUCAAAUAGAUCUUCCAAAAAGAGGGAGUCAGGAAAAAGAAUCAAUAUUUACUCGAAUCCAUAUCAAGCAUAUUUGGUUUUGCUUACAAUUCAAAUAGUUUUGCCAACUGGUAUCAACAUUGACUCAGUCAAUGAAUCAACUGCUAGUGAGGAAAGAAGCACUGAAGUCCUAGAAAAUGAAGAUGAAGAUUUUGAAAUUGCAAAAGUCUCAGAAAGUAAAGGUUCUUCAUUUUUAGAAAAUGCUUUAUUGACGUUGAUUGUGAACGACAAUUAUUAUAUACGAAAUUAUGCAAUUCAAACAUUUGUUGCUUAUGCUAAGUGCAAUCAAGCAAUAAUUAAUCAAUUAAUCUUACGUAUAUUUAAACUUGUUGAUCAAGAACAAAAUUAUUCGGAGAAAGAAUCAAUUAGAGGUGAUCAAAAUAUUUGUGGUAUAUCUUCAGUCAGAUUAUUGAGUUACUCCUUAACCUUGCUGUCACUCAUUAGACAAACUGAUCCAGCCUUACUUCAGAACUCAGUAAUUGUUAAAAUUUUGAGUUUUUGUACCCAAAGUUUAAAACAUAGUGGUAAUUCAUAUAACAAAAAUUCAAGUUGUUGGAUAAUAUUAUCUUCAUUGAUUCCAUUAUAUAAUUUUUCAGAAUAUGUUAAAUUAAAUUCAUCCCAAUUUUUGGUCUUUUGGAAAAAUCUACUUACUUCACAAUUUAUUGGGAAUAUUAAUAGCACAGAUAAAACAAACGAUGGUGAAAUUAUUUCCAAUUUGAAAUUAAGAACAUUUGCCUUAGGUUGUAUGUUAAGCUUUUUGAAUUCAGUCGAUUUAACCCCAGAGACCUUAAAGCAGGUGCUGUUUCUUUUAUCAAAGUCUUAUAAUUAUUUGUCCCAUCUCGAAAGUAGCAUCGAGAGUGUGAGUGCAAUUACAACCUUAAAUCACUCUUCCUUCAACAAUUAUGAUCAUGAUCCAAAUAUUUUAAACAAUAUUUUAUAUUCAAAUUAUUCAUUUAAUAGCCAACUAACUUCAGAAAAAAUGAUUAUAAGUUUAAUAUUUUGCAGUAAAAAAAUUAUAUUUCAAAGUUAUAUAAAGUUAACAAAAUCUUUGAAAAGUGAGAUCAACUCAAAUAUUGUUAUAUUCCUUAUUAAGAUUUUCAGUGAUCAUAGAAUCUUUGCUAGAGAAACUACAGUAGACAUUGACAAAACCUCAAAAGCUAAAGCAAAACAAUUAAAAUCAUCAAUUUUAACUGACAAUCAGGUAACAUAUUUAAACGACGACUAUAAUCAUAAUUUUGGGCUUACAAGUGGUACUCUUGCGCAAUUCGACCCAGAUCAUAGAAAGAAAAAAGAGACUUUUGAUGAUGUAUCCAAUGCUAAUAGUGUAUUCACAUUGCACGGUUCUAGGGAAACUUCUUAUUGGUUUGACGUAUUUGACAAGAUUGCAUUAGCUUCAACUGCAAAAUCAAUUAAUUAUGAUCCUAGUAUUUUAUUGUCGCAAGACUCGUCAUCAACCAAUAAUAUAUCACCAAGUUUAAUGACCUCACUCAUAGACUUAUCAAUAGAAUUAUUUCAACAACUGUUCCCCUACUUAACUAGUAAAAUUCAAUUCUCAUUAUUGGAACAGAUGAGAAACUCUUUGACUGCAAAACCUAUUGAUGAAUAUAGACUCCAAGCUAUUCAACAAAAUGUAUCAAUUGCUAUACAUGGUGUUGUUUUAAAUGCAGUAGAACACAAUUUAUUUUUGGAGAAAGAUGUUGUAUUAACAAUGAUUGAUGUAAUAAAAAAUCAUGGAUCUAAAAGUAAGCAGUCUACCACGUUGGACUCACUGACUAUCGGUCUUUGCUCAAAGUUGAUAAAUUCAGAUGAAGCUCAUGGUCUCGUGACUAAUUUAAUUAAUGAUAUUGUCACCAACAACUCCCCAUAUCGAAGGGGGUCCGCAGUUUUAAGUUUGUCACAAAUAUAUGCAAAUAGUAAAAUUGGUUUUGGAGAUACUUAUAACAUUCUUUCACAAUUAGUUAAUGAUCCAAAUCCUAUAAUGUACUAUUAUACCAUUGAAUCAUUUAUAAAAAUUUUUGAAUCUAAUACUGAUAAAUUAUCAUUGAUUCCAGACCUUUUGGAGAAACUAUCAAACAAUUAUUUGAAUAAUUCAUUUAGUUAUGACUUGGAUAAUAAGGCUUUGAUUAAUCUAAAAACUAAAUAUGCUUCUGCUGGCCCAGUUGCACAAUUAUUACAAUUAUUUGUUACUAAUUUAGGUCCCGCAUUAAGAGAUUGGUCAACAAAACAUAAAGCGAUUUUGAGAAAUCUUAUAGUCUCAUUAAGUUAUGGAAUUGGGUUAGAAACUCUUGAAGAUUAUUUACAAGUUUAUCAACAAUUAAUAGAAUUAUUCCAAGAGCUUAUUAUUUUCGAUCCUAAUUUAAUUGAAGGAGAGGUUGAAGUAUUUGCAAAAUUAUUGAAUUUAAUUAUAUCCAAAAAUAUCAAGAUCGCAAUUGCUAGUGUAUCACCUACAUCAUUAAAUUCUGAUACUAUUUUUCCUUUCAGUACAAGUUUUGAUUUAUAUUCAAGUGCUUAUACAUGCUACUAUGAGUUAUUGAAAAUAUACGGCGUUUCAAUUAUAACGCCAGAAACUGAAUAUUUGUUGUGGGUUUCAAUGAAUAUAAAACCUUGUCCUGAAUUAGAGCGUCUCAUUAAAUUGUGGUUGGAAUCUAGUUUGGACAAAAAUUGGUUUAACACCUUAAAUACUUUAUUCAAAUCUAGUAUGAAGAAAUUAGUCGGACCAUUCCUAGAAUCUAACUAUCAACAAAAAUUAUUACCUUUAUCACAAAGACAAAAGAAAAACAAAAGAGACAAUGCUGUUGACUUUAAAGAUGAAGAAAACGAAGGUAUAGUCGCAGGUGAUGAAUCAAGUUUGGAAAAAAACGAACCUAUAUCUUGGAAGUUUAAAUUAUUCAUAUAUGAUUCAUUGAAUGAUUUACUAAGAUUGGCUUACAAUAAUCCUCAAUUGACUGAAAAAUUGAAGAAUAAAAUUCCAGAUAUUGUAAAGCUAUCUUUCCUUGGUUCUACUUCAACAAUAACAGAUUUGAAAAUACGUGGUCUUGAUUUAUUAAAUUCAGCAUUAGAAUUAUUUGGAGAAUUUGAAGAUCCACUUUAUCCAUCGGUUUCAAUAUUGGAACAACAACAAGCUCAAAUAAUCAGUGCGUUAAUUCCUUGUUUUACACCAGGAAAUGAUUUUCGAGUAAUUGUUCAUGCAAUUGGUGUAUCUUCGAAUUUUAUGAAUUUACCAAAAAUCAAAUUUUAUUCCAAACAAAGAAUUUUGAAAACAUUAAUACAUUUAUUGGAGGAGAUUUCAUCAAACAAAUUUUUGAAAUUUGGAUUUUUAGAGGAUAUGUCAGAAUUUGGUAAAAAAAGUAUUCAAUUAGCAAUUCUCAAUUGUUGGGCAGUUUUAAGAAUCGAAUCAAGUGAAAAUGAUACUUCUACAGACUCUGACUUUAAUGAAAUUUUGGAAAAAUAUUCUGAGUUAUUAGUUUCUUUGUGGAUCAUGUCAUUAAGAGAAUAUUCAGUUAUCAAGUAUAGUGAAUCAUCCAGUAGGGAAUUGGAAAUUUAUGGUACAUAUUGGAUAAAUUUAGUCAAUGUUUUAAGUUUGGAAUCCGAAAAAAAUGAUAAAUUGGUCAAUACUCUACUUUCAGGGGAUGGUCAAAACUUCUUUUUCAUUUUGUUUAGUCAAUGUAUGGAAUCACUUGUGAAAAACAAAGAUGUGGUUCAGGUUCUUCAUUCUACAAAAAAACUAUUGCAAAUAAAUUAUUUAGUGGAUUUGAUUUUUAGUGAUCAAAUAUUUAUUGAAAUUAUUGAUAUUUUUGAUAGAUUAAUAUUGGUGGACGAUAAUACAGAAGUCCAAUGCUUGCUAAUAGAUAACGUCAACAUUUUAUUCCAAACUUUUAUAUCUUCACAUCCAACAAAUUUAGAAUCAGGAUUUGACAAAUUAUUUGAGUUGAUUAGAGUUACCAUGCUUCCAUUAUUUAGGAUAUUACCAUUUUUAAAAUCUGAUUAUGAUACAACUGAUGAAGUAGCUCAUGAGCAUUUACUUAAACAUGCUGAAAGUGCAGCCAAUUUAUUAGUUUUGAAAAAGGCAUUUGAAAAUUUAGUCGAAAUGAUCUCAUUGUUUCCUGAUGUUGUCAAAAUGGAUUUGUAUUCUUGUUUGCUUUACAUUUUUGCAAAAAUUUAUGAAAGUAAAAAAGUGUAUUUAAUUUCAGUUAUACUUUCUCAUUUAAAACAAAUUUUGAUUGGCAUUAAUGAGUUUGACGGAAACUCAAUAGAAAAUUUCUACAAUGUUAUAUCUAAGUAUUAUGAGAUCAGUCCAAGAAAUAACUACUCAAUAAUAACAACAGUCGUCUUACUUGCUUAUGGUGGUAUGAGUUUAGACACAGAAGAUUCCAAAAAAUUGAGUGAUGCGUUGUUGAACCUAUUGCAAACAGAAAAUACCGCUCCAUUAAGCUUACAAUGCAUAAAGACUUUAAUUCAAUAUAAUGGCCUGAAUGUUGGACAAGUUUUAAAUAAUUUAUUAUCCACUAUCAUAAAAGGCAUUAGUGGUUUUGAAGAUGAAUUACAAGUUGAUGAAAAACUAUCUAUUGAGAUAUUAAUUAUGUAUACAAAAGUAAUUAAAGAUGAUGAAUCAAAAUCAACAGCAAUUUAUUCAAUAUUGGUUCCGGUUUUGUCUAAAAAUGAAACAGAUGUUGACAGAGAUUUCAUUUCCCAAAAAUUAAUGUAUUUAGUUAAAUUAAAUUCAAAUGUUUUUAAGGAAGUUGUUAAUAAUUAUUUGACUAAAUCACAAAGAGAAGAUACUGAAAAAUUAAUGAAAUUAAAAACAAAUAACAAUCAACAAAUUGAUGUUGUGCCUGAAAUUGAGUUGAGAACUUUUGUAUAG